AUGUCAUCUUAUGAUGAUAAUAGCCUGCAAAAAAUAUGUGCUAAAGUUAAGUUUAGCAUAGAACAAGAUAAUACUUUAAAAGAACUCGUCCAAAGGUAUGGCGCUUCGCAAUGGGAGCAAAAGGCAGCAUUAAUUCCAGGGAAGACUGCCAGGCAAUGCAGAGAUAGAUGGUUUAACUAUCUGGACCCUAAACUUAAUCAAGAAGCCUGGACAGAUGAAGAAGAUCAAAAAUUAAUUAAAAAAUAUUUACAAGUUGGUCCCCAUUGGAAAAUCAUUGCAGAUUACUUAGAUAACAGGUCAACAAAUUCUGUCAGGAACCGUUUACUUAAGCUCCAAAGAAAACAAUGCGUUCCAGAAUCAAACUAUUAUAGCAAAAAGAAGUCAGGUUCUAUUCAAUCAAAGAAGGCAAACAAAGAGAUGAAACAGAUAGUUGAAAAAUCAGAAGAUAUCGUUGAACAAAGUUCUCCUGGAGAUCAACCCAUUGGCGAUUUUAAUUCCGUUUUUGAUCAAUUGUUUGAUUCCAAAAACUUCGAUAUAGAUUCUUUAUUGGACAAUUUAUGGGUAUAA